CUGUUUUGCUCUUUGUCCCCAACAACAACUUGGUCUACGCCACGGCUCCCUCACCUGGCUAGGAGACCAUGUCGGCCCAGGACAGCUGUCUCAGCCUCGUCAAGUACCUCCUCUUCGUCUUCAACCUCUUCUUCUUCGCCCUAGGGAGUUUGAUUUUCUGCUUCGGAAUCUGGAUCCUCAUCGAUAAGAACAGUUUCGUGUCCUUUGUGGGUUUGUCUUUCCUGCCCCUGCAGAUCUGGUCCAAGGUUCUUGCUGUUUCUGGCCUCAUCACCAUGGGCGUUGCUCUUCUAGGCUGUGUGGGGGCCCUCAAGAAAUUUCGCUGCCUCCUGGGCCUGUAUUUUGGGAUACUGCUGCUGCUCUUUGCCACACAGAUCACCCUGGGAAUCCUCAUCUCCACUCAGCGGGUCCUGCUGGAACGCAAAGUGAAUGAAAUCGCUACGAAGACGGUUCAGAAUUACCACUCGGACCCCAAAAACACGGAGGCUGAAGAGAGUUUGGACUAUGUGCAAUUCCAGCUGCACUGCUGUGGCUGGAACUCUCCUCAGGACUGGUUCCAGAUCUCCAGCCUGAACCGCAACCAGUCGGUGGAACCCCUCGUGCCUUGCUCCUGCUAUAACGUCUCCAGGGCCAACGACUCCACAGCUGUCGACAGACUCUUGGCCCAGCCCAGCGGCUUGGGGCAGCUGGCGCAAACCCGAUACAGCACAGACGUUUGCACCAUCUCUGCAGACCACAUCUAUCAAGAGGGCUGCGCACGAAGCCUCCAGAAGUGGCUGCACAACCACCUCAUCUCAAUAGUGGGGAUUUGCCUGGGCAUCGGUCUCCUCGAGCUUCAUGACGCUCUCCAUAUUCCUGUGCAGAAACUUGGACCAAGUCUACGACCCGCUCUCUCCGUACCACUAGGGCCUUGGCACACUUCCAGUGAGUGCCCUGGGCACCCCUCCACCACCUGUAAAUAUUUACCCCUGAUUGCCCCGGCCACUGAGCCCCCUGCCUCCCCAGCCCUACUACUGUCACCUCCCCCUCAACCUGGGGCUUCCCACCAGCAGUUUCCUGUCUGUCCCUCCCACCAUACUUCAUUUCCUGUCCUCAUAUGUAGCCCUACCACCCCCCACCGUUUUUAUUUUUCCCAAAUAAUCCCCCUGCGAUUUUGGUAAAAUAGUUUAUCUUCUGUCAAAAAACAAACCAACAGGCUUUGGGAUGGGGGGCUGGGAGAGAAAAGGGGCCAACACAGUGGAGCCGGUGACUUGCUCUGAAGAAGGGAUGAGAUGA